CGCCGGCCAAAAACACGACAGGUAGAAGAUAAAACCUGACGUUUUUCUACAAUUCUUCCCACAUGUUAUCCAUCAAUAAGACUUCAUUAACGUCAGGAGCUGUGCAACAGUGUCAGGAUGCGUAGCAGACCUUUUGGUGCCACUUUGGGCCUAGUUUUGGGAGUUUUACUGCGUGGAUGUGCAACAUGUGUAGCAGGUUCAUCUUGCCAGGAUAUAAGUUUAGACUAUUGUAGAACGCUGCCGUACACGCAGACAGGGACGCCAAAUAUGUUUGGAUAUAACUCUCAGGAAGAUCUGCCAGUCCACCUUGGUUCUUCAUUCCAGACAUUAGUUUACAUCGGUUGCUAUGAGAACCUCCAUCUCUUCCUGUGUGCUGCGGCUUUCCCACAAUGCACCUCUGAUGGAGAGAUGCUCCCCCCGUGUCGUUACCUUUGCGAUGACUCAUUUGAAAAGUGUGGACGCGUCCUACUUUUCUACCCAGAUAUAUAUCAAAAUUUAAACUGUCACGAAAUGCCAAACUCUACUGAUCCGAAUGUCUGUGUUGGAUUGGACACCCCUAAGCAAAAUGAAACAAGAGAGAGAACCACUGACAGUUUAUCCAGUUAUGAGACAACAGCAAUUACCAAGAUUACAAACACCGAAAUUUACACAAGUUUGGACACUUUGUUAGCCACUACAUCGCAACCAGAGACCACACCCCUUGAGGAUGCAGAAAAAAAUGCAGCAAAUAGCACUUUGGUGAAUUUGACAUUGUCUGACUCGGAGGUCGAAGGGCAGAGGUCAACUGAGAGCAGAGGGGAGGAGAAGUGGACAGACAGUGUGGACAAAUCUGUGAAGACAGGUGACCUGUUUAAUCAAAGUGGUUCCCACAACACUGUCCCAUCUCUUGGGAUCGUUCUCAGUACACUCUCCGCUGUGGGCAUGGUGGUACUUCUGCUAUUCUGCGCAUUCUUCAAAAGUUCAUUUGGAAAAUCUUUUGGAAGACGGCGUAAACCGAGGGACUCUGCAUUUUAUACCAACCCGGCAUUUGAUGAUCUACCUCAAAGAGGUCCAAGGAAUGUGAACGGGCAGUCGAUGGACUCCAGACAAGAGCCAUACACGCUAGACGAUUUGCCGCCCCAUCCUGCCAGUAUCAAUGGAUCACAUUAUCAGCCAAGCCCCGCCCACAUGAACCCCUACCAGCAGGAACCAGGCGGAUACACGCAACAAAAUUUGUUCACCGUCUUGGAUUCCUCUCAUAAAACCACCUCAGAGUCAAAUCCUAAAAUUUCCCAUUUCUCUAAAACGGAUCGAACACACAGCAUGGAAGAGGAUUGCAGUGCGUCUGGCGAUUUGGUUUAUUCAAAUAAAGUCACAAUAGUUUCCAUGGAUGCAAACGCAAAUGAGCAUGGUGCUGUUCAGGAGGGCGGGGCGAGACCUAGAGCGCCCUCUGUUGAUGGGCCUCCACCCAGGGUGACGACAACUAUGGAUAAAAACGAUGAUAUGAUCAUUGCAAAUCCCAUCGCCUGUUGAUGUUAAAUAUUUAAAAAAUAUUACUAAUUUUUAUAAAUGGAAUUCCAUAAAUUAAUUUAACGUAUUCCAGCUCGAUGUAAAUCAAAGAGGCUCAUGGUGUUUUGUAAUUUUUUUUAAUUCGUGUUAAAAUUGUGUUGGGUUUGAUUUCUACAAUUCCUCAUAAUUUUGUGUAACUUAUCCUUGACAUUCCAGUAAUAUAAAGUACUAUACAAAAAUUUUAAGAUUAUAAAAUAAUAACUACUCCUUGAAGACAGUGAUUCCAAGCAACAAAAGGGGAUCAGGUUGGCUCAGUGGUUCUUCACCCUUCCUUUUUCAUCUUGU